AUGGCGAAAAACUAUAACCCCGCGGACGCUUUCCGUAAGGCCCAGCGUGCCAAGGAGCUCAAGAAGAACAAAGAGACCCGGAAGAAGGUCCGGGAUGUUCAGACCGUCAAGCGGGAUACCCGAGAGCUCGAGGCUGAACUUCGCUCAUUGAAGGGCAAUGCCUCGAAUGCAUCCAAGUCCCGGAUAGCCGAGCUCGAGCAGGAGUUGGCAUAUGUGCUCAAGGCGAAAGAGGCAUACGUUAAGGAGAACCCAGAUGAGAAGGACAAGGUGUUCAAGCCGCGCGGGGCUGGCGGCGGCGGUGGAGGCGGGAGACGACAGGAUGACGGAGAGGGAGAGGAGGAUGAGAAUGGUGCGAGCGGGAGUGGGACUGGGACUGGGAUGAGAGGGAGGGAGAGGCUGUAUGAUGAGAACGGGCGGUUGAGGGAUCCGACGAGGAGCGCGUACUAUGAUCCGGUGUAUAACCCUUGGGGAGUGCCGCCGCCUGGUAUGGCCUACAAGGAGAGACCGGGACUGCCAGGUGUCAAAGCCGAGGGAGACGAGGAUGAAUCGGACGAAGAUGAGGAUGAGGACGAGUCAGACGAAGAGAUCGUCAUGCCGGAAGGUCCACCACCCGCCGAGGACCCCUUCAAUCCCGACUCCGACUCAGACGCAGACUCGGACGAUAUCCCCCUCCCAGCUGGACCACCUCCACCUCGAGCCGCACCGCCCAUCCCUAGCGGACCAUCGGGUUGGGGUGGUCGAGCUGCACCUGUACCGGUCCCCUUCCAUCAGCCUAUACAUAUGGGCGGACCAGGUCUACCUAUGGGUAUGCCCCCACCUAUCCCUUAUCCUCAAUUCCAGCAACAACCCCUUCAACCCUUCCCCGGCCAAGGCGCAUCUGGGCCCUCCAACCCCUCGAACGCGCGCUUCCGGCCGCCACGGCAACAAGCCCGAGUGGUUCAGGAUCCAUUAUCAGACGAGCCUACACAGACAUAUCAAGGCUACCACGCCAGUCUACCCGACAAACCACCCGCAUCCCUCCCCGGCGCACCCCCUCAUGGAGCUAUCAUCUCAGCCCCAGCUGGCCUCCCUGCCCGCCCACCUCCCUCUACCGCUCCAGCGCCUCCAGUGGAGAUAUCAGCCGCCCCCGUUCUCCGUGAUCUCCGAAAAGAAGCGACAGUCUUUGUCCCCCGGAAUCUGAAGCGGAAGGCACCAGCAGGAAGUGCCGGUGGCGGUAGUGCCGUGAGAGCAAGGAUCAAUGCGGCGCCAGGAGGAGGGAUGAUUGAUGAUGAAGGGGACGAGGUGGUCGUGAGGCCGGUGGAGAGUGGGCUGAUGGGGAAGUUGAAGGGGGUGUUGGGGGAUCCGGUGCCUAAGGCGGGCGGAGGAGGCAAGACGGCAGGGAAGAGCUCGGCGGAUGAGGAUUAUGAGCGGUUCUUGGCGGGUCUAGGGGACAUUUCGUGA